GCUUCAGGAAGAUGCAGAACUCAGGCGUUGGUCCGAAUCAGCCGGUAUAUUAUCAGCAAACUCAAGGUGGUGCUGUGAUCAUGGGUUAUCCGUCAUCCGCAACAGAUCAGCGUCAGCAACAGCAACAACAGCAGAUAAUGAAUAUGCAAGGUAUACCGACAGCUCAGAUGUAUAGCGGAGCAGGUACAAAUAUGCAGAGUAUGCCGGGAAGGCCGUAUUCUGCAGGGACUGCUCAGGAAUCACCAAGUAUAAGACCACCAUCACAAUCUCAAUCUAAUUAUCCGCUAGGAGUACAAUCGCAAACGUCAAAUGAGCAGCAGCAGCAGCAGCAACAACAACAACAGUUUCAAAAUCGACAAUCAUAUCAGCUUCAGCAACAAUCACAAAGGCAACAAUCACAACAGUCUACUCAAAGAUCAUCGGAUCAGGCCAGUGAAAAAUCAAAAAAAGAAGAAACGAAAGCAGCUCGACCAAUGAAUCCUCCACCAUAUUCUCCGGAGAUCCUGAAUGAUCUUUCGAAGUAUUCGGUUGCUUCCUUGGCAUGUAUAGGUCGUGAACUGGUCCAGGAGUUACUGCUGAGGACCUAUACACUGAUGACAAGUUUGACAAAAUCGGUAGACCGUUGGCACCAACAACAAGGUGUAAGCGAUCCAGAACAACUGCUGUCGUAUUGUGAGUAUAUUUUAUCAAAGAUCGCGGAAAUAAGACUUCGGAUUGAUUAUGUGCCAAGGGUGGCCAAUAUUAGUGAGGAUGAAUUCAUUACAAUGAUGACCGAUCCAAGUCCUCCAGUAAAACCGCCUGAAUUGACGGCCAAAGAAGAGGUAUUUGAAGUGCAGCGACGAAAGUUGGUGAAGCUGAAUACAUCGCUAAAAAAUCUGGAUUGGAUGUGUUUAGUUUCCGAUCCACGUUUUUUAAAGAAAGCGGAUAAGAAUUGAUUAGGUUUAUAGCAGUUUCGCUUCGUAUAUCCCUAACUGAUUUAUCAUUGGGCAUUUAUAUAUAUUCUCUUUUCCAUAGUUAAAUAGUGAUAUAUUAGUAGUUGUGCCAAUAAUUUAAGUCGCUUCUACUAGAAACAUUUAUGCAGUAAUGAGAUCAUUAUGGUUCACUCGUUUCAAACAUUUCAAACACGAUUAGCA